GGAGGUUUAGGUGAUGGACAUUUUUGUAGAAAAGCUAAAACAACGACUGAAGCUCCACAGUUUCAUGACGCUACCAAACCAGAUUUCUCUGGGCCUCAUCUGAACAAUGUGGGAUUGUCAGAUCUGCUCCUCCCUGGACUGGUUCCACUGGACCGACUGGACCCAGCUGGACACCUGCAGAGGAAUCAGGAUCAUUAUAAUGAACCAGUGGUUCUGGAUGAGUCAGGAUGACAGAUUCUCCUGAGACGGAUGCAGUGACAGACUCAGGAGGAAACCAGCGGAACGCGCCCAUCAGGUUCACCUGCAGCCCUGCUCCGUCCAAUCAGAGCGCUCCGUCUGGCCGCUCCCAGGUGAGCUUCCUCGGCGUUCAGGAGCAGAUUCUACCUGUUAGCUGCUGAGGUGAGAUCCUGCUGCAGGAUGAGCUGGACCGUCUCCACGCCGCCGCAGGCCGCCGUGCUGGUUUCCUCUGAGGAGGGCGACUGGUCCACCGGGAUCUGCGACUGCUGCCAAGACAAGAAGCAAUGCUGCUUCGCCUUCUGCUGCUGCCCCUGCUUCGCCUGUCGGACCACCAGGAAGUUCGGCCAGUGCCUCUGCCUCCCCCUGCUGGACGCUCUGGGCUGCGUCCGUCCCAUCGCCAUGUCCGUCAGGGUGUCUCUGCGCCAACGCUACGGCAUCAGAGGCAGCUUGUGCAGCGACUGCUUGUGCUCCACCUUCUGCCUUCCCUGCGUUUGGUGCCAGAUGGCCACAGAGAUGGAGAGGAGGAAACUCCCGACUGUUCUCAGUGACAUCAUCAGCAGAUGAUGACGACAUCGACGGGCGAUGACGUCAUCAUCAGUCGCCUUUGAUGAAUUAUUUCAACAUGUUUAA